UUUUAUUUUUUUCACUUUUAUAUAUAGACCCUUUUGAAGGAAGCAAUAGCAAGCAGGAAGAAAUGGAGGGACAAAAGAAGCUCAAAAAGUCCAAGGUUGUCAAGAUAGAAUCUCAAGAAUCAUGGCAGCACCACAUCUCUCAUGCUAACAACAAAGGUUACCCUGUUGUAGUUCACUUCUCUGCUUUUUGGUGCAUAACCUCUACACUCAUGAAUCCUUUGUUUGAAGAACUUGCCUCCACUUAUCAAGAUGCCAUGUUUCUCAAUUUGGAUGUGGAUGAGUUUAAGGAAAUUGCGUCCAAGUUUGAAAUCAAAGCCAUGCCCACAUUUGUGCUGCUGAAUGGAGGAACUGCAGUUGAUAAAAUUGUAGGUGCAAAUCCUGAUGAUUGUGUAAUUUGGAACCAUUUCAUGAAUAUUUAUAUAGCGGGUGUGGCCAUUUGGCCAUGUCAUACUGUGACUUUGUACAAAUGGUUAUUCUCUUGUAUUGUUAAAUUUUUUUCUAAUUUUCUCAUCAAACGCAAUGCAAGAGAGAGGUAG